GCAGUGAACCCACAGCGCGGGUAAUUCAGCGUAUUAUGAGGAUUCUGCCUUUCGGUUUCAAUGACGGGUAAGAUGGAAACGCCCUUCUACCACGAUGAAAGCGUUCCAAACUUUGGGCAGGUUCCAGAGUAUGAUCGAUACCAGAGCCACAAGAUGAUGAAGAAGAGCAGCGCGGGGCACAGUUUCCCGGGCGGAGGCGGUGCGGGUCUGAAGCUGCUGCAGGGGCCGGCGGGCAGCGGUGUGGGGGGCAGCAGCGGUGUGGGCAUGAGCUCCAGCACCGGAUCCCUCAUGCCCACAGCAGACAUCAACCUGCUGAAGCUGUCCUCGCCUGAUCUGGAGCACCUGAUCAUCCAGUCCAACCAGGGGCUGGUCACUACGAGUCCGGCUCCCGGCGGAUCCGCCAACCCUUUCCUCUACCGCAACCAGGCCACCAACGAGCAGGAGGGUUUCGCGGACGGGUUCGUCAAGGCUCUGGCCGACCUGCACAAGCAGAACCAGCUAUUGGCGCCGCCCUCGCCUACGCCCGCACCCCUGCAGAGCUCAUACCAGCGCAGCCUGAUGCCUAGCGCGGACAUGCCCAUAUACACCACUCUGAGCAGCUACACCCCAUCCCCGUAUCCCGCCGGGCAGCUGUACCCGCACACCUCCGCCCACGCCACAGGGCUCCACCCUCAGAGCCGCGGGCCAGACGCACCACAGACGGUGCCCGAGGUGCCGCACCCCCCUGGGGACCCCUGCAGCUCUCCACCAGCACUCUCACCUAUUGACCUAGAGACGCAGGAGCGCAUCAAGGCGGAGCGUAAGAAGCUGCGGAACCGCAUCGCCGCAUCCAAGUGCCGCAAGCGCAAACUGGAGCGCAUCUCUCGGCUGGAGGAGAAGGUGAAGGUGCUGAAGACGCAGAACUCCGACCUGGCCUCCACCGCCGGCAUCCUGAGGGAGCAGGUGGCGCAGCUCAAGCAGAAGGUGAUGAACCACGUCACCAGCGGGUGCCAGAUCUCCGUCAGCUCCGCCAGCAUGGGCAAGGGUGGAGACAGCGGCUGCUGAGGAGUGGAGUCUCUACCCAGACCUGGAGCUCUCUCUCUCUCUCUCUCUCUCUCUGGGAGGAGGAACACCUCCAUCACCAUCACCUGUUGAUUACCUAUACAUCACCUCCAUCAUCUGUGCUCCUUAAAACUUGCACAUGCGGAGUGUGUGUGUGUGUGUGUGUGUCGGCUGGUUUGAUAUUGUGCAAUUUGUGAUUAUGAGAAAAAUAUUUGAUACAAACCGAGACUUCUCCAGGAGAAAUACAGGACUGUUCGGUGUGAAGCGUCACACACACACGGCGGCGGCGGAGGAGGAGGAGGACGGUUCUGUGCGACGCUUUAACUGAAACCUUCUGGAUUUGGGAAACUCCUGAGCAUUCCGAGACCUUUUGCACUGUAAUCUCCCAGCGGAGAUGCCUCUGAAUAGCGGUGCGCUCUCGCCAUGAUCCGAUGAGGAUGGGUUAACCCGGGUGAUGGUGUGGGGAAGCUGCAGACAGGAUUGAGCACAAGAGUUAAACCUGAAACCAGAACUAAAGGGCUUUGAUCAAUGGUACUUUACAUUCUUUUGCCUGUUUUAUUUUUUGUAUCGAUUAUUAAGCAGUUUUAUUUAUACAGAAUUUGUAUUUAUGUUGUUAGAGAGGAGAGGAAGGGUACUGUCGAAUACUAGUGUCUCGCAGACACGCUACCUUCUGGAAACUACACGACUGCACGGCAGCCAGAAACAUUAAUGAUGUGUAAUAUUGAUCCUCCGCGUACAGCAGGACGGCCUGGACUAUAACUACAGCUCUGUGUUCAGCAGACACACAGGAAUAAACCAGAGAGCAGACUAAUAA